AUGGCCAGGCUGAUGCAGCUGCUGACUGAGUGUGGCUUGCCUCAGCUGAGUCUAGAUAAUAUGAAGUGCAAAUGUAUAUUGCAGUGUAAUUCUGCAGGUGGGGAUCCUCUAACAGUGAUCCCUCACUCCACUGAAAAGGAAGAAAAUGCAUAUAAAAAGGAGUCCCUAAAUGCAUAUAAGAACGUGAAGAACAGGAAACCAAUUUCUGCGUAUGAUCAUCAGAAGUUGGAGCGAGAAGCUCGAAUUUGCCGUCUCUUGAAGCAUUCCAACAUUGUUCGCCUCCAUGAUAGCAUAUCUGAGGAAGGCUUCCACUACCUCGUCUUUGAUCUGGUCACGGGUGGGGAGCUCUUUGAAGAUAUCGUCGCCAGGGAAUACUACAGUGAAGCCGAUGCAAGUCAUUGCAUCCAGCAGAUCCUGGAGGCUGUUCUCCAUUGCCACCAAAUGGGGGUCGUCCACAGAGACCUCAAGCCGGAGAACCUGCUUCUAGCCAGCAAAUGCAAAGGAGCAGCAGUGAAAUUGGCAGAUUUUGGCUUGGCGAUUGAAGUGCAAGGAGACCAGCAGGCCUGGUUCGGCUUUGCAGGCACUCCUGGCUACCUCUCUCCAGAAGUCCUACGCAAAGAAGCCUAUGGCAAACCUGUGGAUAUCUGGGCAUGUGGUGUUAUUCUUUACAUCUUACUGGUUGGGUAUCCUCCGUUCUGGGAUGAAGAUCAGCACAAGCUGUACCAACAGAUCAAGGCUGGUGCCUAUGACUUUCCUUCUCCGGAGUGGGACACAGUCACCCCUGAAGCAAAAAACCUCAUAAACCAGAUGUUAACUAUCAACCCCGCAAAGAGAAUCACAGCUCAUGAAGCUUUAAAACACCCAUGGGUCUGUCAACGUUCAACAGUGGCCUCCAUGAUGCACAGACAGGAGACUGUAGAGUGUCUGAAAAAAUUCAAUGCCAGAAGGAAGCUCAAGGGUGCAAUUCUUACCACUAUGUUGGCAACAAGAAACUUUUCAGUGGGCAGACAGACCACCGCUCCCGCCACAAUGUCUGCAGCAGCCUCCGGUGCCACCAUGGGGUUGGUGGAGCAAGCAGCUAAGAGUUUACUGAACAAGAAAGCUGACGGAGUGAAGGCUCAAACAAACAGCACCAAAGGCAGCGCCGGGGUCACCAGCCCGAAAGGGACUCUUCCUCCAGCCGCACUGGAACCUCAAACCACCGUUAUCCAUAACCCAGUGGACGGCAUUAAGGAAUCCUCCGACAGCACAAACACCACCAUAGAGGAUGAGGACACGAAAGUGAAGACCACUGAUAACGAGCUUGUAAAAAGCCAGUUGAAUCCAGGAAAUGCCCCUGAAAUUCCUCCCAGUCUGCAAACUUCACCAGUGCCAUCUGCUGCUGCUGCUGCUUCCACGAAACUGUGUGAUGUAUUAGGCAUGGUGAAAAGGGGGUCUGGGCUUCCAGAAGCUGAAGACUCAAAGCCUCCGGCCACUCCACCCUGUGUAUCUCCAGCUAUUGCAAAUCCUCUGCCUCCCCAAUCUGCCAGGCUGUCUGACGUACUAGGCAUGGUGAAAAAGGGUUCUGGACCCCCUGAAGCCGAAGAACCAAAGCCUGCCAUCGGUUUGCCCUUCCCCCCUCCUGCUGUUACAAAUCCUCUUCCUCUCCCGUCUGCCAAGCUGUCUGAUGUAUUAGGCAUGGUGAAAAGGGGCUCUGGGCCCCCAGAUGCAGAAGCACCAAAGCCCUCUGUCCCCCUGCCCUGCCCAUCCUCAAGUGGUGCAAAUCCUCUUCCUUUCCAGUCUGCCAAGUUGUCGGAUGUGCUGGGCCUGGUGAAGAAGGGUUCUGGGCCCCCAGAAGGAGGAGAGUCAAAGCCUGCCAUCGCUUUGCCCUCCCCACCUCCAGUUGUCGCAAACCCUGUUCCUUCCCAGUCUGCCAAGUUGUCCGAUGUCCUAGGGAUGGUGAGGCGGGGCUCCGGAGCCCCAGAAGCCGAGGGGCCACAGCCUGCUGUCAGCCAGCUUUUCCCUCUUCCACUCAUCCCAAACCCUCUUCCUUCUGAUCCCCGCAAGCAGGAAAUCAUCAAGAUAACCGAGCAGCUGAUCGAGGCUGUGAACAAUGGAGACUUUGAGGCCUAUGCAAAAAUCUGUGAUCCAGGCCUCACUUCAUUUGAACCGGAAGCCUUGGGCAACCUUGUGGAAGGAAUGGACUUCCACAGAUUUUACUUUGAAAAUUUGUUAUCUAAGAACAACAAGCCCAUUCACACAACCAUCCUGAACCCUCACGUGCACGUCAUUGGUGAAGACGCCGCAUGCAUCGCCUACAUCCGCCUGACGCAGUACAUUGAUGGGCAGGGCCGCCCUCGCACUUGCCAGUCUGAGGAGACCCGCGUCUGGCACCGCCGUGAUGGCAAGUGGCAGAAUGUCCACUUCCACUGCUCGGGAGCACCAGUGGCACCACUCCAGUGAAGAACUUAUGCCGGCUGUUCUGGUUUCAUCUCGAAGGAGACGGUGAUUUGAGCUGAGCCGCUAGCCGGGAGCAGCGGUGACAAGCACGUGCCCGCAUGCUCGUGUCCCCUUCCCCAUCCCCCCGUCUUUCAUUUUCAGUGCCUGUGUUUGCAAAAAAAAAAAAGGAAAAAACCACACCCCGAAAACAAAAAAAAACAAAAAAGGGAAAAAAAACUAAGAAAAAAAAAACCCAACCAGACAUGAUUCCAAAAUGAUAAUAAUGAUCAUAUUAAUGCAAUUUUUAAAAAUCAGCAAACCCAGCCAAACCAAUCCAGCUGUCCCAACUCGCAGCGUGGCCACACUGCACCUCCCGUCCUCGACUCCAUUUCUUUGUGUUCGUCCGUCCGGCUGUUCAGGUGACCAGGUGUUGCAAUGAAAAAAAAAAUGUCUCAACUUCAAACAAACAAACAAAAAGGCUCCACCUCCCUGUGUCGAACCCAGUGUUGAACGGUGUUAGUUUGUUAGGUGAAAAAAAAAAUCUAAAAACCCACAAAAAAACUUUUAUAGUAUUCGCAUUCUCUGCCAAAGCAUGGGCCUUCUCCAGUGGUCGUGUUCGCGCUUGGAAGUCUGUGACCUGUGUUACCGUUUGUUUUUUGCGGAGGAUGCUACUCCCGAGCUCUCGGGCUGCCCAUUUAUUUUCUCCUCUAGCUGUGGUUGUGGAUUAUUAUUGAUGAUGAUUAUAAUUAUUCAGACUUACUUUUUAAUUUAUUUUGUUCCUCUUUUGGAUAUGAGGUGACCCCCCCCUUCUGGGGCCUUUGGGUUUCUGGGGCCCCUCCCGUGUUCACCCACUGCUGGGGAUUGCCUGGGGGCUAUUGGUCAUGGCCAGUGGGAUGGGUUCUUACAUGAAAGGGUAAUUAUAGCCUUAGAGAUACAAAUCAGUCUCACUGCAGGAAUUUUGAAUGUCUGAAUUCUCCGCUCAUAAUUUCCAAGCUUUCCCGACCUUGACCUCUCAUCAAGGGCUACCAACAGUGGCGUCAUUGUGCCUGGGCCCACGCCGAGGCUUUGUUACAGGAGGGGGGGGUGAGUCCCCUACUUAAGGAGGCUGGCUGGGACAGUAGUGAUAGUUGAGUUAGAAGAGCUAGGAAGGAAAAGGCUGGAACUGCAAACGUCUAGUCUUCUUCCAGCUCUUGGAAACUGACUCCCCAGGGAAAGGGAGCAACGAAUACCUCACCGUCAGGUAUUGUUCUGCUCCCUAAAAGCCUGGUCCAAUUUUCUUCUAGAUUUUCCUUUUGAGCAGAAAGUGUAGUGAUUUAAACGGGGGGGAUCGUCAAUGCUGCCUCAAGGAUCUGCUCCCACAUCUCAUCAGCCUGGAAAGAGGAAGGCUGAUCAGCUGAGCUUGUGCAUUCUCUCUCUUUUUCUCUCUCUCCCCCUCUUUCUGUCUGACGCCUGUAAACUCACUUGUGAAGAGAAGGAGUUGAUCGGCAAAGAAACCAGGGGGGAGGAUCUCUGUGGGGGAGAGAGGAAGCCAGCCCCUUCAGGUAGCUCUAGCUGCAGAAUCAGACUCUGCCGACAGCCUCAUGGGAUCUGUACUGUUGAAGGGGGACUGUCUCGUCAAAUGGACCAAGCCUUAGCAGAGAGAGCUGGAAGGGUUUCUAUUGAGCCACACACAGAGCCAGUGCGAACAGAUACCAGUGUACCAAAUGUUGUGGAGCUGAGCCAGCAAUCUCAGCCCCAUUUAUUUGCUCCCAAAGGAAGACAAGCUAUGAGCCAUUGUCCUCCGCUUCCUGUGCCUGCACGAUGAGCAGCUGACGUGUGCUGAGAGCGCCACACAGCGUGGAAAGCAUCUGGGCAACUGAGUAUUGAAAGAGGGGAUCCCCUUCCUCUUUGGUCUCCCUGACACUUUUCACCCACCUCUUCAUACCCAUUCACACAGGAGACCCCUCUGCUCAGCAUCUCACUGUCCAAUCACUGCUCUAGGUUGGUGAGUGGCUUUGGCUGGUCCCCUGGGCCUUAUCCGUGGCCACAAGGAAGACGAGUUGGGGGUGUCUGAAAUGCCUUGUCGCGUGGCUGGAGAAACGCCCGCUGCUUCCUCCUACCCCUGCUCAGUGUCUGCAAGCUCAGUUCUUUGAUAGAUGUGGAGUUAUUCAUCAAGCCACUGUUCACGUUAUUGAGUGCAUUCUUGUAGGGAAUAGCAGAGCUAAAUGAAUUGGGUGGUAGUUAAAGGAUUGCCUAAGAAUCCCGCCAAGUGGCGUGGUAUAGAGGGCCUGCAGAAAGUGGUAAAUAUCAGAAACAACCGAGGGAAGCCUUGUGGGCAGUUAAGAGCCCUGUUUUUAUUUAUUUAUUUAGAAUUAGGUAAGGGGAAGAGGAUCCUCAGCUACACUCUCACCCUUCUCAUCAGAUCAAGAGUCUGAAGGCUGGUGGACUGUUCAUGAGACUGGAGUGUCAUGCCUUCUCAGCACUAGUUUGUGGCAUGUCUCCUCUCAUCCUGCUAGUUAGGCAUCUUGCCUGUAUGUUCUAGAGCUAUGUCACUCCAAGGCUUUGACAGUGCAGUUCGGUCUGAACUUUGGAAUAGUUGGAUGGGCUGCCCUGGAAUAUUUGCCUGGAGAGCAUAAAGCUGCGAACAGGGUGCUUUUCUUCACUUAAGUUGCGGCAUGGUCAUUUGAGGGAGGGCUUCUCUGUAACCUCUUCUGAUGUCACUUAGCACCCAUGGCCUUGCUUUGUGUCUGUGCAAAAUGAGACAGUGACCAUCUUCCUCAAACUUCAGGGAGAACCGGUUCAUUAGCAUAUGCCCAGACUUUGCUUACCUGGUGGGGAAAUAGUUCUGUGUAACUACCACUUCAGCAAUGUUUGUGUUUAUGAACCCUGCCUAGUCCUCAGUUAGCCAUCAGUACUUUGCAGAAUGGGUAUGAGCUUCGGACAGGAAAAUAGAUAGAGGAGUGCAGCGGCCAUCCCAGAGGAACUCUCAGAAGUGUAAAUAGCUCUCCUGUCUCCCCUUGAAAGCUCAAAAAGAAUUUGGAACCAAGGAAGAGCCCUGGAAGUAGGCUUAUGAUUGUAAGUGGAAGAGUGACACCUUUGGAUUUAUGUUUCCACAUCUAAUGUGUUCGAUAGGACUUAUUUGAAAUGUCAAAGCAGCAGGAAAGCUAUAAUUGCUUUAGGGUCUUCAGAACUUUAGAACCCACUGAGAGGUGGCUUCAGCUCAUAAACAUUUGGAAGGCAUUCCUGCUUCUUAGUAGAAGGGGACUAAUUGGUGAAAUGUGAUUGCCAGCGCUUGGGGUGUUAAGUUUGGGUAGCCCAAAAUCAGAACAUUCAGAAGUGAAUUUUCCUGAGUCUGAUGCUUAAAUGAUGACUUUUAAGUUGGGUGAUGUCCCUGCAUUU